CGUGGACGAUUCCUGAGCAAGAGAUUUGCAGCAAUCGAAAGCUACCGCUUCAGUUUCAAGGCGAGUUGCAUAGCCGGAACGACUUCACGGCGGAACUGAACGGAGAGAAUGUUAGGUGACGGGGAAGAGGUUCGGUCUCGGACAUGGUCCGCCUCGCUUAUUUGCAUGGCGGAGCUUGAGCAGCCAAUUAAGGAGUGAAGAGCUGCAGGAAUAUCCACAUAACAACUUGAAAGAGAGUCCAGUUUACUCAGGUUUGCGAGGCUGGCACAGGAAGGGGAGCAUUUGGUGAAUGAUGAUGUAAGGACUUGUACACAAGCCUGGAUUGCCAACUAUCCUAAUGGAAGAGGCUCCCAAACCAACAUACCAGGAGGAACUGGAAUGGUGCAUCUCUCAACUGGAGACCGGCCUCCUGCACCUCAACCCAACUCCAAAGCAAGUAGAGGAGACACGGCGCAUCCUUGGGGUGCUGCGCUCGAGCAAGUCUCCUCUUGUGAAAAAGCGGCAGGUGAUGCAUCAUGUCUUUGGGGACUACCGGCUCAAAAUGGCAGAGGAGAGGCAGAGGGCAGCAAAAGCAGCUGUGAAGCCCGAGAACACUGUGCAGAUACAGCCGGGAGAUACCCUCGGUUCAAGCAGCGUGGCGUACAGGAAGCAAGCUAACCACCCUUCUGCAACACCAACAUCAUGGUUUGCACCGUCAGACAACAGCUUUCAGUUUGACUUUGUUAUUUCCAAGGGAACCUCAGAAGAAAUUGGUGGAACUGCAAGUGAAGCACAUGAGGUGGAUGACUCCGGAGAGCAGUCCACUGGUAGCAGUCUCUCUGGGACAUUGGAUAUUGGAACAGGGAAGCCCGAGUUUGCUUUCAACUUUGUCAUACCAGACGUUCCCCCUCUUCCAUCUGCUGCUGCAGAUCCAGGCUCUGAAGCUGUGGUAGAAGCAGCCACAGAGGUGGACUCCACAUCCCAAAAUGCCACAGAGACCAUGCCAGAGAGUGCAACUUUUCCAAAACCCAAUAAAUCAGCUGCGAAGGGCAAUGGAGGUAGAAGAGAUGAAGGUGCCGUGCAAGAGGUUUCUAAAUCAGAGACUGCCCAAGCAGGAACAAAGCUGAGUGGAUCUUCCAAUAGGAAAAAGAAAAAGAAACAACCACCUUUAAAAGGAGUACAUGAUAGCAAUGUAAAUGGAGAUCAUAGACCUUGUGGAGGAGGUAGACUUGACCAAACUGACAUGUGUCAGUCAGAUGAACAGAUGAAGAGGGAGGUGGACUGGUGCAUUGAGCAGCUGGAGCUUGGCCUGAAGACUCGGAAAUCAACUCCCAAGCAGGCGGAUGAGGCGCUCCGGGCCAUCAAGACACUGCGCAGCGAGAAGGCAGUGCUGGCAAAGAAGCGCCAAUUGAUGCGCGCCCUUUUUGGCGAUUACAGGAAAAAAAUUGCAGAGGAAAAACAGAAACAGCUGAAGCUCAUGCAAGCAGCUUCGAAAGCAGCUCGUAUUGCAGAAGUGACUGAAGAUGCUUGCAGGAAGAGCAGCCGGGUUUUCAGGAAGUCCGCAGUCAUGGCCAGGAGAGACCAGAGACCUACAGGAUCCUUUAUUCCGUCUUCUACACAGACAGCUUCUACUGGGGCAGCUGAGACGUGCUCUUUCGCACUCACAUCUUCCCAAGAGGAAUUCUGCUUCAAUUUUUUCUAAGGAAGCUUGUUGAAUACUUUUAACAGGUUUCUUUCACCUGGGUGUUGGAAACUUGGGCAAAGUUUGCGUUUUGAAAAACCAAAGAAACCAUCAAGCCAAAAACUUACUUGCAGAAAUGUUGCAAAAAAUGGAAUCAGGUAUGUUGUUGAGUAGCCUGAAAAGCUUAAUAGAAGUGCCUUAGGGGGAGGAGAAAGAGGGGUCUGGUGUAAUCUGUGCAGGCCCCCAUGAAAUAAGUGGUAGCUUAAUAAAACAUUGCAGGCACAUGGCUUGCCCCCGAGGAUUCUGGGAGUUGUACAAUUCCCAGCAUUCUGAACAAACUACAUCUCCCAGGAUUCCUUGGGGGAAGCCAUGUGCUUACAAUCUACUUUAAAUGUAUGGCGUGCAUGCAGCCAGAGUGGGUGUCUUUUUCUUUUUAAAUCUUGGUGGAAAUCUAGUAAAAUAGCAGGUAUAAUUUAGAGGUGGCAGGAAAGAGGUAAUCAGCAAGGGAGCAAAAGAAUGCCUAGCCAAAGAUGGACUGUAAAAAUACAGCAGGUGCAUCUAUGCCAUCAGAAUUACUUUACACCUUGUAAUUAAACCACUUUGAGGUUUUUGGGCAUCUAAAUUUUAUGAAAUAAAAUAACUGAAUCCUCCAUUAUUUACAUUUAGAGUUUGUGUGGGAGAGAGGUCACAUGUACACCAUUCAUUCAAACCACAUUUAAAGCAUAUUGCUUCCCUCAAAGAAUCCUGGGAACUGUAGUUUACCCCUCACAAAGCCACAUUUUCCAGCAUUCUUCAUAAAAUACAGUUACCAGGAUUCUUUGGGGUAAGCCUUGUGCUUUAAAUGUAUGCUAUUGGUGUGACCCCCCUGUUCAAAGCUCUGUGCAGCACAGAUAAGUUUCCACUGGAUCCUGGUACGAUGCAGUUAAUCGCUAAACUCAUAUAUUUUACAGCGACUAACAAUACUUUCAUUUUUAUAGCAGAUCAUUUGGGAGAUAGAAGCAUUUUGCUAUAAAAUUAAUAUCUGUUUCCUUAGUUACUGUAGUGAAUGCGAUUGCCAGCUGACCACAGACAAUAGCCUGCCUUGUUCUUUUGGCUUCAAGAAUCUUCAGAAAUCAGCACAACAAAGUAGAUUUUCACGGCAUUACCAUUAUUACCUGCUGAUUCCUGCAUAUCCAUCUGAUAUGAAAAGGCAUCACAGCUGGCAAUUGUCAAUUCUCACACAUACGCAAAUGCAUAUCUGCAAAGCCCUGAACCUGUGCAGCUGCUCAGAUCGGUCACUUGGCACUGAAUAGCUGAUAUCGAAACAAUUGCCUGAUGAAAUUUGCCAAGCAUUGUGGAUAAAGUCAAGCCUAGAUAGCUGCCUUGUUGGGAGAUCAGGCAUUUCCCAUGGUGACAUCAGCUGCUGACCGUAACAUGAGAUAUCAUGAGAGGCUUCCUCACACCUGUGCAACGCAAAUUGCCUACUUGUGUGAAUAUGUCAAGUAAAAAAGAAAGAAAGCCAAUCUCUUUUGCACCUAGGCAAGAACAGGAGCAAAUGAUCUAGUGAACAGUUGGAUGCCUUAAAUCAGAGACAAAAUAAAUGGAUUUCCAGAU